AUGUUCCUGCACCAGCUCGACCUAACCACCGCCCUGCGCCCGUCGCUCUUGCCAGAGGAGACGCUUCUAUUUGUGCAAGAUGCCGUGGGACUGUAUGAGGGCAAAUUCAAGAUACCACAGUACCAGAAUGGCCAGGCCUACUUGACGUCGCAUCGAACGUGCUAUGUCGACCAUACUGAACCGCGCAAGAACUCGGUCGCCAUAUUCCUGAAAGAUGUUGAGAAGCCAGAGUUCUAUGCUGGCUUCCUCAAGUCCUCUCCCAAGAUCACCCUCUACCCUAAGCCUGCCAAUCAGCUGUCGCGUGGGCUCUCAGCGCCAGUCCUUGCGCAGAGCCCCUCAUCCCCAAGUCCCGAGCGGCGCAAUAGCCCUGCACCAGCCCCUUCCAUAACCGCAUCUUGGGUGUGUCCCAUAUGCUCCUUUUCGAACCCAGUACCAUCGAACUUCGAUCCUGCGCUCGCAUCGCGUACACCCAUCCCACCAUGCUUAGCUUGCGGUAUCAAGCCUCCAACUGUGCAUGUGGUGAAAGCAGCGAUAGCGGCCAUCUCCAACAGACCGGCACCUGGCCCACCGCCAAAGGAUAGCAAGAAUGGUGUCAUGUCCUCGACACCCUCUGGUGGCAUGGUCUCGUGUCCAAGAUGUACAUUGCAGAACCAUCCGUCACUGCUGAAUUGCGAGAUAUGUGGCGCAUCAUUAACAACAGCCGUAAACAAGCAUCUGGACCAUGUAACGGAAGUUCGCAGGGCGGAGUCACCUGGCCCAUCCCUAACCACACCUAUACAGACGACCAACAUAGAGUGCAUCAAACUAUCCUUCCGAAGUGGUGGCGAAAAGAUCUUCUUCGAGCGUCUCAAGAAUGCACUGGUACAGCGCAAGUGGUUGCUACAGAGCGCACCUCCUAUACCAAAACCUCGAUCAAAUUCAGGCGCGUUCGAUGACAGCUAUUCAGCAAAGUCUGGCAGAUCAUCGGCGGAGAUGGAGCGGCCUCGCGUAGUCGGUAUUGCCGGUUUGGAGCGUCGUGGGCUCGAACAGAGACAGAACAACGAGGCCAUGAUUGGAAAUGCUUUUGAAGAUCUUGAGGCACUGAUGACCUCUGCAAAGGAGAUCAUUGCUCUGGCCGAGCAAUUUGCAUCACAAGCAAACCUAGGAACGAAUGGUAGCUCAGAAGACAAUGCCCUAGCGUCUCAGUCAGCAUCUGCGCUUGGGCUUAUCACUACGAAAGACAUGCUUGGCUCGGGUUCCGAAUCACUCUAUGUAUCUGAGCUGUCUCGAAAUCUUGCAGAAUGGCUCACCGACGAUACAAGAGGGGUUCUGCGAAGGGGCGGAGGUAUCAUGACGCUUGUCGACCUCUGGGCCAUGUUCAACCGCGCAAGAGGUGGAGUGGAGCUAGUCAGCCCGGCCGACUUUGAGAAGGCAGCGAGGAUGUGGGAUACCUUGAAACUCCCAAUACGUCUGCGGCAGUUCAAGAGUGGUCUGCUUGUAGUCCAAGGCCGCGAUCGAACAGACGAAAAGACUAUUGCCAGUUUACUGGCAUGGCUGAAGAGCUUGCACACCGAAAUGCCAAGCUCAGACAUGUCUUGGGACUGGCAAACGUACGGUAGAGGCGUUACUGCGCAAGAGACUGCCGAAAAGUUUGGUUGGAGUGUAGGAGUUGCGAUCGAAGAGCUUGAAGUGGCUGAGGAGGCUGGUGCCCUGUGUCGUGAGCAGAGUCUUGACGGCUUUAGAUUUUGGGAGAACUGGCUCGUCAAGAAUCCAGACUCGUCUAUCUCUGUCCUUGUUUAG